AUGGAUUCCGACAUUGAAGCUUCGGCUUUCAGGCCUGCCAUUGGCAACCGAACAAACCUCAAAACCGUCUCGAGUAUUAAAGACAGCGUGCGAAAGCAGUGGGCCAAGUGUCGUGAAGUUCAAGAAAUUCUCUGCCAAAUCGAGAUACGAGAUGUGGUCUGCGCCCUGGGAAUCAAUGAACUACAAGCAGCGGAACUCCAAGGAUGCAUCUUUACCCUGCUGGCGACCGGCCCGACAUCUCUCUGUUUCGCAGCCGAGAGAAUGGUGAUCCGACUAUCCAAGGAACGUUGGCCGGAUUUGCUCUGCUGGGAUGAGGUACCUAGCAUCUGGCUCACAGAGGCAAUGCACGAGUGCGUUGAGCUUGUCAAGCGAGGGGGCGAUCUCGUCAAAGAAGUCAGGGACCUGAAAGAGCAGUCUGAUGGAGACCAAGUUCCCGAAAAGACUGCGCGAACUGUCUCUGCUGAUCAACGUGUGGCAAACCAACAACAGAAGGAUAUGGAUCUCGAGGAGUCGAUUGAGAUACCGUCGGUAACCGUGUCCGGCCAUAAACAGACGGAUCCUUGCCUCAACUCCCCAUCCAAGGAUCCCGAGCAGACAGCUGAAGAUCGCAACGACAAUUCCGGAGACGAGUUCUUUGAGACUAUGCUGGGGCUGGAUGAUACAUCCACUUCCCAUCCGGCUUUAGAGCUGCAAUGCCACAAACCAAAAUCGGUGGUCAUUGCUACACCGACAAAGCAGAGCAAUGGCCAAGAACCAUUGAUUAGCUCCGCGGAGACCAUAUCAGGUCACAAUGGUAACAAUGACAUAUCACCUUUGCAGUCAAGCUCUCCUGGCCUUUUCGUGACCCCAGAAAGGGACCACAGGACGAACGGGUCAGCAACUGAAGUUUCCAUACAAUUUUCCUUGGAUGUAGACAUGACGACUUCUGAGGGAGGGGAUGAGAAACUUGACGAGGUGAAUCCAAAGAAGGAAAGCAAGCUGUCUUCGGACGGAAAGCAAGCCAAAGUCAUCCUCGACUGCAAGCUGGAUCAAGAUCUCAAUCGACAGAUGUACCUAGUCAGGUGGACUGGCUACCCAGAGACGGGCGACUCCUGGGAGCUGGUUGAGCAUUUGACUGAGUAUAUAGGGCUUGUGGUUGAAUACAACAAGCAGCAAUCAAUCAGAAAAAGCCACAGUAUCAAACAUGGAACUGUCGACGCCGCUAAAACUGAUGCCCAUACUGACACUGAGACGGCAUCAUCAAAGACCAGUAGCAAGGUUAUACCGGCGAACCAUGUCCUUUUGAGAAUGAUGGGGCGAUCGAGCCACAGUAACAUACAAAGAAAACGCCCUGAAACUACCACUGGAGCUGGUGAAGGAACCAUGUCUUCAUCACAAGCAUCAAGUCCACUGUCUGGAGACGGACGCGAGCCAGUUGUUGACCCUAACCUCCCGGACACGGAGGAAUCAUCGGCACAGCCGGAAGAAGGUCCACAUGGCACUAAAACAGCUGCCGCCAAAAGCACCGAACCGGCGAUGCCAAUACCAACCAGUACAUAUUCACAAUCUCGCCUACUCCCGAGGAGUAGUCCCCUCGCGCCAAGGACAACCACAUCACCCCUUGCCGAGGACGAAAUAUCCUCAACAAAGUGGAAUGAAUGCGACAGGAGCACCUCGCCCACUCCACUGGAUGCGCCAUUGCACAAGCAGAGGCCGCCUGCCUUUCCCAUGGUUGGUCCUGGAUGGAAAAAGUUUGCAAAGCCGAACCUGGCUCGAUCCCAAAGUCCAUCUUCAAGCCCAGCGCUUGCAGACCUUCGAGGAUCUACGCCCUCCAGUGGUGACGUUGAGGUCGAUGGUGCUGGUCAUAUAAACGAAACCUACGCUGCACCACCCAACCCCGUUAGACAUGCAGGCACAGGUCGAGUUUUGCGAGGCAGUUCAGAGAGGAACCCCCAGGACAAAGCCGAAUCCGGUCCAUUCAAACAUAUCAAGUUUGUCAAAAAUGUAAAGAAUGCAGCGCCAGGCCACGACAAGGCCCAGUUGGGGGAGAGAUCUUCCUAUAAGCAACCAUCUUUGCUUAGAAACUCAUCCACGAGAAGCCCAGUCAUGACUAGCAAAACGACUUGCCAACCAACCUCACAGAAGACCAAGCCUUCAAAUAUGAUGGAACCUAAGGAAUAUGGCGCAGACGAGCUUCCCGACAAGCCACAGAAGGCACCUUCUACAGCAAUACACAAGAUGGUCAAGCCCGUUCCGACACUUCAGAAACCGCAAUCACAAACGCGAAGAAAACUUGUCAAUCUCAAGACGGGAGAGGUUACCUACUUGGACGAACAAAGAAAGCCGGACGCGCAAGCAAACCGCUCGACCAACGCAGCAUUGACGACACCGCCAGGAGGCACCAAACUCCAUGCUGCCAUCGACCGGCGAGCCGCAACAAAUCCCCCUGCGCAAAGGCUGUCUAUCCAAGGGAUGGACCAGGCUGGAGCGAAGCGCAAACGUAGCGGUGAUGACCUUCCGGCAGCUAUGCACGCGGCCAAAAGGACCAAUCUUUUCGGGCCCUGA